AUGUUCACCGAAGGGUUAGAUGAAACUGCACUGAACUGGGUUAAGCAGGGGUCAGAGAAAGAACAGCAUCGACCUCGUUCGCCUCUAAGUGAGACUCUGGCUGAUCACGAAUACCUGGUUCCUAAAUCUCCUCUUUCGUUUAAUUCUACAACUUAUAAGUCAUCUAAUGUAUUGCCACCCCUUAAAUUCCAUUCGGAUGAUAUGGACUGCACUAAUUCUGAGGGAGAAGGGUUUGAUGAAGAAAUAUAUAAUGUUAAUCCAGUUAGACUACCUGUACCAAUUGGACCCAACAGGUCUACUUUGAAUAGAGGCUUCCUAAAAGAGAAUCUUUGUGUUGAAGUUCCUCAAAAGAACAGAAAACUUACUGGGAUUGGUGGGGUCGGCACACAGCCAAGUUCAGUUUCAGCUGCCAGUCGGCUGCGUGAUAUGUUGCAACCUCGUAGUGCCUAUGGUACCCCGAUAGCUGAUUUGGGAACUCCAAGUGCACCUCCGAUUUAUGAAGGAGGAGCAGAGCCCAUUCCUGAGAUUCAAGGUCAAUCAAGUAAAAAAUCUUCAAGGUUUUCAGGAAAUGAAGUGAAUAUGCCAGAAAAACUCACCAGUGAGGAGUUUGGUCAUGAUGGCAACUUGGAGCCGUCUGUUAGUGACAGGGAAAACGAAGCCAUUCCUGAAAGAACAGACACAUCAGUGCCUUGCAUGGAAGAAACAAAAUCACUAGAUCAUUUACCUUAUUAUAACAGUGGUCAAAACCCAUGGCAAACUCUAAUAACUUAUGACGCAUGCUUCCGCUUAUGCCUAAACGCAUGGGCAAGAGGCUGCCCAGAAGCACCUGUGUUCCUCAGUGAUGAAUGUCGGCUUCUACGCAAUGCCUUUGGACUACACAAGUUAUUGUUGCAACCUCGGGGUUUCAAAUCAGUGACAAGUAGUGGUAUCGAGAAUACAGAUAAAGCAUGCCCAUUGAAAGUCAAGAAAGUGAUUGGAAAGAUAAGGGUUGAAGUGAGAAAGAUAAGAAUCAUCCCACAAAGAAAACUUAAGGACACAUACUCUCAGCAAAGUGCUAUCUAUGUGCAAGCAGGAGUUGAGUACAUUCGACAUGUUUCUUCCCUUGUAAAAAGCAAAAUCAAUGCAUUAGGAAUCUCUUCAUUUUCACUUCCAUCUGAAGAACCAGUGUCAUGCUUAUUGCACCUUAGAAGUUCUGAAGAACAUACAGAAACUGAAUCAGCUUUAGGCAUUUGCUUGAGACCUGGAACUGGUGAUUCCCAUGAUUUUUUCCCAGAGAACCAAGGAGAUGCCCUUCUGCUAGAAGUACGGGGUGAGAAAAGGACUAUUCAGGGUCGAGCAAUUAUUCCAGUCUCAUUCCUACAUGACAAUCCUAAUGAUAGAGUCAAAUGGUGGCCAAUCUAUCAUGAUGACAAUGAGUGCAUCGGGAAAGCCCAACUUUCCAUCAGCAGUACAAUUACAUCUGAUGAAACUACGCACCUCAAGUGUGGACCUGUUGUGGAAACACUUGCAUAUGAUUUACUGUUGGAGGCUGCCAUGCGUGCACAAGGUUUCCACGCACGAAACUUGUGGGUUGUUGAACCAUGGAAAUGGUUGCUGACAGAGUUUUCUGAUUAUUAUGGAGUUUCAGAAUCAUACACUAAACUCAGGCAUCUUUCACAUGUCAUGAAUGUCGCUACACCUACAAAAGAUUGCUUUGAGCUCAUUUAUGAAUUACUUGUACCUGUUAUGAAGGCUAGAACGGAGAGAAGACUAACAAGACAAGAGAAAAGCUUGUUAUUGGACUGUGAAACGCAAAUGGAGGGUCUACUUGCACUUGCUUUCCAAAACUACAAGUCAUUAGAGGAAAGCUCUUCUACGGGUUUAGCAGACAUUUUGAGUCCAAUUCCAGAGGCUGCUGCACCAGCAUUAGCUCCAGCUGUUCAACUAUAUACCCUUAUUCAUGAUAUACUUUCUCCAGAUGGACAAGCUUUAUUGAGCAACUAUUUACAGGCAGCAGCACGAAAGAGGUGCAGGAAGCACAUGGUGGACACAGAUGAGUUUGUGGCAAUCAACAUUGAAGGUUUUCUUAUGGAUUCUAUUGCAAUUACUACAGCAUACUUAAAAAUGAAGAACCUGUGCAUAACCUUAAGUGAUGAAAUAAAGACGGAUAUCAAGAUACAUAACCAGCACAUACUACCAAGCUCUAUUGAUCUCUCAAGCAUCACAGCUGGGGUUUACAGCAGCGAGUUAUGCAAACGGCUUAAAGGAUUUCUUGCUGCAUGGCCUCCUUCGAGUCCUCAGCCUCAUGUCAACGAACUUCUUAUAGCAACUGCUGACUUUGAGAGGAAUCUUGAGUCAUGGAACAUCAGUGUAGCUCAAGGUGGUGUAGACUCGAGAAACUUGUACCAUAAUUACAUCAUGGUUUGGGUUCAAGAUAUGCAACUUUGCUUACUUGACUUAUGCAAGGCUGAAAAGGUACCAUGGGCUGGGGUGAUUACAAACUAUUCUACUUCACCAUUUGCUGAGGAUUUAUAUGAUAAAAUCAAAGAAACAUUGAGCGAGUAUGAAGUUAUAAUCAAUCGAUGGCCACAGUACACAUUGAUCUUGGAGAAUGCUGUUGCAAAUGUGGAGAGAGCAAUCAUGAAAGCAUUGGAAAGGCAGUAUGCAGAUAUUUUGACACCUCUGAAAGAUAGCAUUCCCAAGAGGCUUGGCAUUCAAGUUCAGAAAUUAACAAGAAGACAAUCAACUGCCCCGUAUUCCAUCCCUAAUCAGUUGGGUACUUUUCUUAACACCAUCAAGAGAAUUCUUGAUGUUCUGCACUGUAGAAUUGAGGACAAACUGAAGUCAUGGGCAUCCUAUCUUCCGGUCAAUGGGGACAAGAAGUCAACUUAUGGAGAGCAAAUGAAUGCAGUUACGGUCUUACUGAGAACAAAGUACAAAAACUACAUGCAGGCUGUAGUGGUCAAGCUAACUAGUAAUAUGCAAGCAAGUCGGAACACGCGACUUCAAAGAAUCUUGGAGGAAACAAAGGAAACAGAUGGAGAGGCUGAAGUCCGUGAGAGGAUGCAAGUUCUGUGUUCACAGCUUGUGGAGUCUGUAUCCAACUUGCAUGAGGUGUUCACAAACCAGAUAUUCAUUGCUAGUUGUCGUGGUUUAUGGGACAAAAUGGGACAGAUUGUACUCAAGUUCCUAGAGGGCAGAAAGGAAAAUCGUGUCUGGUACAAUGGAUCUUAUUAUGCUCUUGGGAUUCUGGAUGAUACAUUUGCAUCCCAGAUGCAGAGAUUGCAAGGAAAUGCCUUAAAAGAGAAAGAUCUUGAACCACCACGCUCAAUCAUUGAAGCUCGGUCCAUUCUUUGCAGGGAUACUACAAAUGCAGCAGACACUUCCACCUACUUGUAUUUUUAGUAGGUACUACUCCCACCACCAUUAAAGAAA